AUGGCACCCCCUGAAAUAUACCCUCUUGCGCAAACCCAGGCCGCUAUCACCUCGCAUUCCUUCAAUGCUGAUCGCUCCGAGGUGGCCGUGAGUUUGAACUCAAACGACGUGCAGAUCUUUGCGCGCGAGGGACAUGAGUGGAAGCCCACAGAGACGCUGUCUGAGCACGACAAGCUCAUCACGUCCAUCGACUGGGCCCCAAACUCCAACCGCAUUGUCACAGCUGCCCAGGACAGGAAUGCCUAUGUGUGGCAGCAGAGCCCCGACCCGCAGACCGGGCGCAUGAUUUGGAAGCCUACGCUCGUGCUGCUGAGGAUCAACAGGGCCGCUACUCAUGUGCGAUGGAGCCCGAAUGAAGACAAGUUUGCAGUGGCAAGCGGCGCUCGAGCGAUUGCCAUUUGCUCGUUUGACCCUGAGGGCGACUGGUGGGUCUCAAGGCUGCUCAAGAAGCCGAUCAGGUCUACGGUCCACUCAGUAGACUGGCAUCCCAACAAUGUGCUACUUGCUGCUGGCAGUGCUGACAUGAAGGCUCGCGUCUUCUCUGCCUACAUCAAGGAUGUCGACAAGAGGCCCGCGGCGUCUGUAUGGGGAGAAAAGCUCCCGUUCAACACCGUCUGCGGAGAAUACACUAGUCCGACCGGAGGCUGGGUCCAUGCCGUUGGCUUCUCCCCCUCUGGAGAUGCUUUAGCCUUUGCAAGUCAUGACAGCUCCAUCAGCAUCGUCUAUCCUGGCGGACCAGCUAUCUACACCAUCAAGUUAACUAGCUUGCCGCUCCUCACCCUGACCUGGACCAACGAGAACUCGCUCAUUGCGGCAGGGCACGACUGCCAGCCGCUCGUCUUCUCGGGGAGCGACGGCGGCUGGGAGCUGACCGGCAGCCUCGACGACCCCAACUCGGCCAAAUCCGCGGGAGGCUCACGCGCGGGGCUCGCGUCGCCCGUCGGCCGGCUGAACAGCGCGGCGUUCAACACUUUCCGCAAUGCGGACACGCGCGGUAUAGGGAGCGCGCCGGGCGGGUCGGGCGAGUCGGAGCUGUUUACGGUGCAUCAGAACACGAUCACGAGUGUGCGCCCCUACGCGGGCACGCCGGGGGCUGUGACGCGCGUGAGCACCAGCGGCCUCGAUGGGAAACUGGUGGUGUGGGAUGUGAAUCAGGUUACGCCGGUGGGUGCGACGGGGCUCGCGGGCCGCAUGGCGGGGUUGCGCGUAUAAUACACCGUGUAUUGAUAUAGUCAGCAAGUUGUGAUAGGAUACAAUCUAACAAA